AUGAUAAAUAAAUCAAAAUCCAAAAGUUUUAUAUUGUUCGAAGGAGAAAAUGAGAUAAAUUAUAAAAACUUCUGUUAUGAUUAUUCAGAAGAGCUUGUUAGAAAAAGAACUUUAGAUUUUCAGUCUCAUAAAAGUUUAAAUGGGAAAAGCAAAUUGGAUAAGUGGUCUUCUAAAGAUAAAAUAGAAUUUAAUUACGAUAGUUUAAUAAAAUUACAAAAACUUUCAACUAAAUGCAAUAAAUUCUAUAUUGAUUUAUUAAAUAUAAGAAAUAAAGAAGAAUUAACUGUUUUUUACUCAUUAAACUUUUUACAAAGCAAGCUAAAUCUAAUCGCAAAACAUGAUUUCAAAAACUUUUUAAAUUAUAAAGACCAAGAGAAAUGCCACAAAAUUCCAAUGUUGUGGAUUCAUGAUCAUAAGACAACAUAUUCGACGUCAAAAAAAAAAGAAAAAAUAGAAAUAAUAAAAUAA